GAUAUGAAUAUGAUGAAGAUCAACCAGACAGUUCUGCAGGAAUUCAUUCUUGUUGGCUUUUCUGUUUACCCACAUGUACAGACAUUCCUCUUUGUGUUCUUCUUUUGCCUUUAUGUUCUCACCCUGACAGGUAAUUUGGCCAUCUUGGGUCUUACGUGGUUGGAUAGAUCUCUCCACACCCCUAUGUAUCUCUUCCUUAGUGCACUUUCCUUCUCUGAGACCUGCUACACAUUGGCCAUUGUGCCCAAGAUGCUGGCAGAUCUGUUGGCCAAAACUAGAAGAAUUUCAGUCAUAGGUUGUGGCUUUCAGAUGUGUUUUUUCUUGGGACUUGGUGGCACAAACUGCAUCAUACUCACUUUAAUGGGGUAUGACCGUUUCAUGGCCAUCUGCAACCCUCUCAAAUAUCCACUGCUUAUGACCAACAUUGUAUGUGGACAACUUGUGGCCUCUGCUUGGGCUGGAGGCUUCUUCAUUUCUCUGGUAGAGACUGCACUGAUAUUCAGGGGCUCGUUUUGCAGACCCAACCUUGUGAAGCACUUCUUCUGCCACAUGCGGGCAGUCAUGAGGCUGUCUUGUAUAGACGGUGACCUCACGGAAUUCAUUGUGACAGUAAUCUCAGUGUCAGGCUUGCUAGGUACCUUCCUGCUUAUUUUUCUGACGUAUGUUUUAAUUCUUUCCACUGUCCUCAGGAUCCCAUCAGCUGAGGGCAAGCAGAAAGCUUUUUCCACGUGUGCUUCCCACCUCACAGUAGUCAUUAUCCAUUUUGGUUUUGCGUCUAUUGUGUAUCUGAAGCCAGAAGCCUCCGGGGGAGAUGAUACACUCAUAGCAGUACCCUACACUGUCAUUACCCCUUUCCUCAGCCCUGUCAUAUUCAGCCUCAGGAACAAGGACAUGAAGAAUGCUUUUAGAAAGGUAGUAGGAAAGACAGCUGCCUUGAAGAAAUAA